GACUUCAAGUCGGAUUCGUCUGUCCUUCCAAGUCAUGGGAGCCUGGGUUUGGAAGCUAAAACCCUAGACGGCCUUCGUCCGGCAUUUGCCGAUAUGCGAAGGCCGGUUCUUGGUUUUCAUGGUGAAAUCGGCACUCCGAUUCAAUCCGAUUCUUGCUUUCGGCAAUGGAGGAGAUGGAUGAUUUCGGGGACCUGUAUGCUGAUGUUGGAAUCGAGGUGAAACCGGCCAGUACGGUGUCGAAUUACUGCCGUUCUUAUAGAAAGAAGGCCGUCGAGGACGAUUUCGUCCCCGGUGUUUCUUCUCACUGUAACGGAGAUGAGACAGAGCUCAACGAGGAGUCCAUUUUGUAUGGUAGAAUCCGAGGAGUUGAUGGCUUUGGUGGCUCCAGGACAGUUGAGGAAGUGACGAAACCUUUGUAUGCUGAAGGCGAUCGGAACCGAAGUGGGGAAAGUGAGGAAAAGAAAGCACGCUAUGACGGUAAUAUCGCAGCUGAGCAAACCGCAGCUGCGGAGCGUGAAGUUGGCGGACUUACCGAUUGUGAUGUGGGCAAUGCGCUUAAUUGGAAGAGUGAGAAGGCGGAGGCUUCGAGCUUGAGUCAGUAUAGUGAUAGUGAGGAUGACUUGCACAUUGUGUUGAAUGAGGAUGAUGGAUGUUUCUCGCAACCAACGUCGAUGUUUAGGUCGAGUCGUCCAAGUGGCGUGGCGAGCGAUGAUGAUGAUGAGGAUGACGAUUUGGUUAUUGUUAUGGGCGAGGAAACGCCAGAUAAAGAUCAGAAGUGGGCUGAUGAGGCUCCAUCGCCACCGGGAGUCAAUGACGGUGGAACCGAAAGACAUAGAUCGACUAAGAAUGGAGGAAGCUGCGGGAGCUCAAGGCAGUAUCAGAAUUCACAGUAUUCGCAAUACAAGUAUGUUAGGCAACGCGCUACUGGAAUCGUCAACAGGCAUAGAGCACCACAGGUUCAAGUUCGGCACGGAGAUACGAAAAUAGCGUCCUGUAAGAGUGGGAGCGUGGUGCCUUCGGUUUCUGAAAAUGCAGGCACCUUGUCGUUUGAUCCAAGUGGACGCGAGUUUUUCCUUCCUAGGAAUAAGACUAUUUUUGAUGUUGGCAUUGAUUUGUUAGACAAGAAGCCUUGGAGGUGUCCAGGAGUGGAUAUAACUGAUUUCUUCAACUUUGGCAUGGAUGAGGAAAGUUGGAAAAAUUAUUGCAUGUCACUGGCACAAUAUCGAGAGCAGGCAACCAUGAGAAUGAGAAUUCCUGUCUAUGAAUCCGUCCCUGGAUCAGGCGGCUCUGAAGCUUUCCGAGGUGAAUUUAACACACUUAAUAAAGAAGAAAGGAUCUGUUCAGUCAUGGUUGCUACACAGAGAAAUGCAAGAUGGACUGAAAUUCGAAAAGGCCGAGCUAUUCAAGUUGAGGAUGGUGCUGGUGAACGACUCCCUUCUGUCGAUGUGAGACGGCCACGUGUUCGGGAUUCAGAUGUUGUCAUACAGGUUAUGUUGCAGGAAGAAGUAAAAGCUUCUGAAGAUACACACAAAGAAAAUGUUAGAUAUAGUGAUGGCUCUGUCCAGAACAAAAAUCCUGGAAAGGAGGCCCAUGUAAUGGAAAGCGAGCUACUUGACAGCCAUAACGAUGGUGACUUGAAUCCUGCAAGCUCUAUUCCUGAGUGUCACAAGGAUACUAGGCCCCGCUCUAUGCCUUCAGUCCCAGCUUGUGGGAGAUCCAGCACUUUUUCUAGCAAAAGGAGUGGGAUAUCCCUUCUAGAAAGGUACUCUGGGGAUGAUUCUGCACACAGUGAUGACCAUUCGGAUGAGCAAAGCAAGUGUCACCCAUCUGGCAACAAUAGAAAAAGGGAUGCACCAAAAGGUACUAUGGGAAAUGAUGAAAGAAAAGGUGAUAUAUCAUCCAAAUCAGAGCAUAGUCCAUCACAAAAUGAAUCAGCAUUCUCGGAUCAGACAAGUGAUGGUUCUAGACAUGGCCAUGUUGAAGGGCAUUCUAGAUCUGAAAAUGGUUCUUUCAUUGAUGCAGAAAAAAUAAGUAGUUCAGGGGAACAACAUUAUAUAAGCCCUCCUGAUCAGCUGGAUGGAAGGCCAAACUCUUCUCAAGAUCGCCAUUGCAUUGAGUUCAAAAAUAGAAGGUCUAAGGUAGAAUCAGUCAGAAGCAGAGGACGUUUGAAAUUUCAUCAGGAAGAUAAAAUGAAAUGUGAUGGCAGAUCAAUGCGUCGGAGCAUGGCAAGGUCAAAGUUGCCUAUGGGAGAUGGAGUUUCUUUUAGCCAUGGUAAGUCUAAGCAUGACAUGGCAAUUCAUUCUGAAAUCAUGGAAGGAAAAGUUGACCUUCAUAUCCCCCUGAGCAGAGAAGCUUGGUUUAUUAUGAAGAAACAGAAGAAUAUAUUAAGCACAGAAGAAAACGAGUCUGGAUGUAGGCGCAGAAAGCAAUGUUGCCAUCAAAGGCUACAUGUCUGGAGAAAAUGUUAUGGGGGGAAUAAAAAAAAGCAUCAAGAGGCUUGGUUGGUGGAAAGAGGAACUCAAAUUUCUCAUGGAAGGGGUCUCUUUCCUGAUGAGGAAUGUGAUAGAUCUGAUUUGGAACAUUUAUCCCGUGACAAUAAAAAGCAAAGAUAUAAAUAUCUGAAAUAUGAAAGUGAGAUUAGAACAAGUACAGACCUCCAUAAUAUGAUCUCAAGGAAGAGUCAUAAUCAGGAAGUGAUGAGAGAAAUGUCCAAAGGUUGUAUGCCUUACUCUGAUCGAGGAAUAGAAAUUAAAGGUGUAAAAGAGAGAUAUGGGCAUGAUAUGAGAUCUGACAUGCACAAAUUGCUGAGGGACUGGGAACUAGAUGAAGUAACUUGGAUGCAUCCUUGUAAGAGGGAUUUAUACUUAUCUGAUCCAAAACAAUAUAAUACAGUUAGAAGCAAGAUAAUUAGUGAACAUCCAAGUGCUGAGGAUACACAGCAUGUUCGUGAGCAAAAAGAAAGGAUUAGAGAUUGUUAUUUGCAAGCUGAUUCUAGAGAUUUGCGCUACAAGAAACACCAAUAUGAGGGUUUGUUUAUUCAUAGAAUGAAAGAACAUUAUCAUUCAUCUAAGCUGGACAACCUUGCUGCUGCUAAUGAUUGGGAUGACAAUAGAGAAGAUUCUGGAUUUUCCUGUGGUUCAUUUUUUAGUGAGAAUGGAAGGAAGGGUUGGUUAUCAGAAGACAUAUAUAACACCAAUGAUGAGGCAUCGUCUGGAUAUUGGCAUCAAGAUAAUGGACGUGAUCUAUGCUCGUAUUAUUCCCAUGAAGAUGCUACAUUUGAGCAUAAGGAUGUGAAACGACAUGGCUUGGACAGGGGAAAUGUAUUGGGAUUUGGCGGACCGCUGCUGAGUGAUAAAGGCAGGUUGUGGGAAUCUGAUGUCGAUCUACAAAUUCAUUCAUUUUCUGAUGUGGGUGGUGAGGGUAAGAAUUAUGGUACCACUCCGUUAAGUUGCAGAGAAUCAGUGAAAUCUCAGAGGAAUGUUUGGGAAGAAAAGUUUUCCAGAAGGUAUUCUAGAAUGGGAAGUCUGAGGCAAGAUUCAACUGAUAAGCAAAGGGCUUUCAGGAAAUUUGAUGAACUUUAUGCGGACAAUGAGGUUUCUUUUUCGAAUUCUAGAGCAGAAGUCAAGGGAUUUUGCAGUGACAAUUCGGAAAUUGGAAAAAGGCCAUUGCACAAUACAAAUAAUUCUUAUUGCCGUCGUAAGAGCAUGUGUCUGGACAAGCAUCUAGUCAAGCAUCACCGUGGAGCUGAAGUUUCUAUGCCAAAAGAGGAUCCAGCAGUAGAGGAGUACAGCAAGAAAGAAGCGAAGGCAGUGGAGAAGAUUCAAGAGGUAAGGAAAGUGGAUGCAUCUGCACAUGUUGAUCAAAAUAAUUCUGGAGACAAAGUCCUCAGUAAACUGACAGAUGAUAAUCAAUCGGCUCCCGAAGAGGACAACAAAAGGAUCCUUGAGAUGCUGGCCAAGAUGGAGAAGCGCAGAGAGCGAUUUAAGGAAUCAGUUUCUCUUAAAAAAGAGUCUAACGGGAACCUGCAUCAUGUGCUCGAUGUCGUCACUGAAAACCAGGAAUCUGAAACUAGAGAAGCGAAGCAAAGACCAAUGCGGAAACGAAGGUGGUGUGGCAGUUAGUUCAUUUUAUUUUCAUGUUAUAUAAGGCCUUAAAGAGCGAAAUAAAGUCCUGGCGUCUCCAGCCACGAGCUUUUAUUGCGAUCUACCAUGAAGUCUGCGUUUGCAGAAAGAAGGUGAAUACCAGCCUUUAUUGAUUUCUUUAACAUUGAACUAUCCUGUCUGGGCGUCGCCAUUUAUCUGUAACGUAUUAGAAUUCUACAUAAUUUUUGAGGGAAAAUUACAGUUUUUUAA